UCCAGUUCAUCUGCUGACAUAUGUUAAACGAAGUGUGCAAACUGCAAUCAGGCUCCGAGUAACUGUGGCUCUUAUUGGUUACAACUUGUUAUUAUAUAGCCAAUUAAUUAUAGCAACAAUAGCAGUCUGGUUGCAGUUUACAUGAACCCUAUGUUAAGUACAACUUUAUUGAAACAGUAUGCAAUAUGCAGCCAGUGAAAUUUUGUAUUGAUACAUUUUUGAUUUUACGGCAGAUAAUUACGAUGGACAGUAGAAAAAGGAAAGCUGUUAAAUCACGUUGGUGUAAAACUAAAAGAAAGAAACUGAAGCUAGACACAGAAUCUGGGUUUAAAACUGAAGAUGAGGGUAAUAGCCAUCAAAGAGAAGGCUAUAUAGAAGCAGUAAGCGCUCCUUUGAAAAAAAAGAAAUGGGGCACCCCAAAAAAUAAAUCUACGAGCAGAAAAUUAUUUGUAAAAACAAAUAAAAGUUUUGUAUCAAAGUUAUCAAGUCCAAAGCUCAAACGAGUGGCUGAGAAAAUAGCGGGAACAAUUGACAACCUUGUUCAGAAAUUUAGCAAACAGGACUCCUUCAAUGAAUUUGUCACUCUAUUUAGUUUGCUUGAAGACGAUUCCUUCCCUAUGGACAACCUAUCUUUCAGAUUAUUUUUGGAAACAGUAAAAUGGCACAGGAUUUCAGACAAACGAAGAAUGACAUACUAUUCAGAUACUCUAACCUUCUGGAAAAUAGGUUAUCGCCUUUUCAAGGAAAAAUUCGUCCUUUUCCUGGGCGGGGACAAGUCAAAUGGGUUUGCCGCUCCAACUAUGAAAAUAAUCAGAGAUUUCAAUACUGUUAAAUUCCCCAAAAGUAUUCCGUGUGGGAUAAUAGAACAAACUCUAGAGAAUUUUGAGAAUUCUGAAGGAUCACAUAUACUAAGCUUCGAUGGGAAAAAGUUAGCCCAAGGUCUUAACAAAAAAGGUGGCGAGGUCGAUCUAUUUGGACACGAGGAAGGAGAAACUGCAGCUAAUGCUAAAGCCUGUGCUGAUGAUGAAACAGCUAGGAUUCAAAAGUUAAUUGUAAGUAU